UGAGAGGAAUUGUCCUCUUUGCGUAUGAAAUAAGGCGAAUGCACUAUAUGACAUGAGGAUCUAAGUAAGCCUCGGAUCAAAGAAGUCCAACUCGCCUCCCCGAACUCGACUCGUACAGGCUUCAUCUCCACGCUGAGAAUCCGUGGCUACCUCAGACUCCGACAAAAGAUUGGUCUGCACGAUGGGACUAGACUCAAGCGGGGGACGUUCUUUUGCAGAACCGGAACCGGCUGGCAUGCCUGAACUAGGUGUUGCGCACGAUCUACAAGUCGGCGCCAUACUCCCUCAAGAUAUUCUGCACUUAAUCUUGGAGAUCUAUUUCGAAUUCCGAGAAACGGUCGUUCAGGCUGAUCCGGACCAGCUGGACGCUUGGACAAGUCCCACAUGGCCUGUUCUUCCGAUCUUGACCAGCUCCAGGUUGGUGUACCACACGGCUAUUCCGCUGCUCUACAGGGAUGUCCACUUACGGGAUAGUAGCGAAGUCGAGAGGUUCCUUUGUGAUCCAGCCAUCUCCUCGUAUGCGCACGUAAAGUCUCUCUCUUUACCCGCUAGCAAGACAUGGGCUACGACACGUAUUCGAGAUCGGAUGGUCCAAGCGGUACUGUCGACGACGGCUGCGGAUCAAGAGACCCGGAAUCGUUUCGCAUCCUCCCUGGAGGCUCGGGAUGAGAUCGUCGCCCGAUGGGCCAGGACGAAAAGACCGAAGAUCAGCGUCGUGAGACUAUGGGUCGGCAGGGUCAGAACGAUGGCUGACGCUAAAGUCCUGGAAGAUCUACAUUAUAUGUUCGCCACGGGGGACUUGAUUAUUGAUCAAUUCAAGUUGACCCUUCCCUCAGCUUCCUAUCUACACUGGAACCGACCCGAUAUCGCGUGGCGAGACUGCGAUCGUGUCACUCUCACCUGCAAUCCAAGCGUGUACCCUGUUAUUAACUCUCAUCCUCUACCUUCGCUCUUGCCGAAAGCCCUCGGAGAUCCAACGCGUCCGCCUUUGCACAUCAAGGCGGGAUGGCAAGGAAAGGGAAGCGGGGCGGAUUGCCGGGUGCAUCGAGAUCAGCUUAGAGCCACGGGCGUGCUGUGCGUGGUCACACUAUUCUGCAGAACGCGGGAUUGUUUCCCGACCAUUACCGUAGGACCGGAUCUCGAAUGGGACCCAAACGACCACAGCCUUUGUUGGGGUUCAAACGUGCCUUCAGAUGUCGACACACCGCCUGGAUAUCCCGACAUCAAGUUUCGAUCCGAUUGUCAGCUCGAUCACACAGGGGAAAAGUUGAAUUUCUGGGAUGGGACAGACCGUUUCAUGGUAACGCUUUUGGAACACUUGCCGUACAUAAGCGAAGACGAAGGGGAAUUGGCCGAAUUCACGGACGGAGAGUCCGAAUCGGGCUCUUCGGACUGUUAUGACUCUACACGAUCGAGCGAUGGCGACGUUUUGCAAGAUAGCAACGGAAAUGAGGAUCAGGGAGGAGAAGUCAUAAAUGGAGCGUAAUCCGACCGAUACUGCGGGUUUCAUUCGCUCGGAAUCGCGAAAUCGUGACACUGUCGCUCCACCUGUACCGGAAGCUCGCUGCGGGAAAUUCGGGGCGAGUCUUUUGUUCGAUUCGACCCACCCGUCAGAUCCGGAAGAGAUCCGCUCUAAAGAACAAAAGCGCCAAAGGAGGAUCGUCGGUAUCGCUUACGAAGCUGAGAAGCCGAGAAAUCGAGAAGGUCAAUGUCGGAUGGUACCCAGUGAUAUAUAGACCGUUAUCCUUGAAUCCUAAUCUAAUCUCGACGUGGUAAUAAGAUCUUAU